AUGGAUGCGGACUCCGGAGACUUCCUCGAACUCCUCAAAGCCUUGGUCCCUGCUAUGUUCCUUCAUGGUAGUAAAAAAAAAAUAACAGGCACCAUGGCAGAAUCCCGAGAGUCCCGUGAGGCCCUAGCGGUGGGUUGCAUGCAUUCAAGACGCAGUACUCUUGUGGAGCUAAUCUGGGAUAGUGCGAUCUCUGUUACAGCAAAAAGCAAUGAGAGAAUUCAGGCCAUUGAUCAGCGAUUGUCAGUUUUGGAGGAAACGCUGAGGCACAUCAAGUUCGCUCGGCCGUCGCCAUGUAAUCAAGAUCCUGUUCAACCUGCGACCUCGUUCCCUCGCGAAGCAGAGGAAGUGACAGGUGCUGUUACAUCUCCAAUGAUUCCUCGGCAGUCCCUGAAACGGAAACGCACGUUAGAUGCUAGUAUCGAAGACUCUGCCCUCUAUACGCCGCUCUCUGACGCCACGUCUACUCGCGAGAACGAGGCUCGGGCCUUCAUCCGCACAGAACUGUCGCGCAAUGACUGUUUGUCCGUCAGUCAACGCGCUGUACUUCGGUCAGCCCUGUCAUUAGUGGAAAAGCUCUCUCAUGGCGCGGGUCCGGCUGGAAAUGACUGUACUCUGUGGGAUCAGGGUGACGCUCCCUACGCCGAACUCUCGCAGGCCGAUAUCACACAUAUCCUCAUGAGAGAUUGCGAUGAACUCAGCAGUGGGAACACGGGCUUUCGGUUCCCCGAUUUCCCAAGAAAAAGCGCUAUAAAGCGGAUCGCCUUGGCUCGGUUGGAGGGCACGGUCGACGAGCCAAACAUUAACCUCCACAAAGUUAUCUUACAUUUCCGAAUGGCUGUUCUAUAUCAUGCAUACACACCGUCAGAUAUUCGUGAGGUUCCUGUGGUGAGGUCCGUUGAAGAUCUGAAAAGCAAGCACUUACAUGCGUCUCUGGCUGCACUGAACCGAGUCGGGUUGUUAGCAACUCCGUCCCUGCUCCUGUUGCAGGCAAUCAUUACUGGAGCUAUCAUUAUGGCAAUUCUAGGAGAUGUACAAGGCUGCCACACGCUAACUGUCUCCGCCUGUCGCACUAUAGUUGCUACAGGAUAUCACCUUCUCACUGAUACAGUCGCGAAGACAGACGAGGAUGAAGAAGCUCGAUUGUGCAUUGUUUGGUGCUACCACUUCGACAAGGCGAUGAGCAUGCUCCUCCGAAGGCCUUCAGUGCUGCCGAAGCUACGGGUAUCCGUCCUCAAUCUCGUGGAGAAAACCCCUAUAGAUCCCAUGACGAUUGUCUUUAAGCUUUUCACAGAGUUGGCUCAGGUGCAGGAAUGUGCUAUGGAGUUUCUUUUUUCACGAGACAAAGGACGCGAUGAUGAGGCGUUACUUGAUGACAUUAGUAUCCUGCGAAACCAAAUGGAUGCAAUUCAUAGAUCUAUAGACGAGAUCUCGGAUUCAAUUUCCCACGAGUCUAAUCUGGACCUGAUCUUACAUGUGUUGAAUCUAGACUUCACGGCUCAUGCAAUUGAAACGGCUAUCCUUCGCUUGAAUCCAAACAUGUUGUCUGACGUAACUUCACGGAACACAUGCCUCUGCUGCGCCAGAAAGGCGCUCUUAUCUUUGAAGAAAAUACAGAACUUCGUGACAGGGGAGCGGAAUGCCCUUGGAGGCUAUCAAUUUUACUUGUCAUGGAUGGUGGCCACCUAUCCUUUAUGUCCUCUUUUCGUUGUAUUCUGCCACGUUGUCUGCACCGCUAGCAGCCAAGAGUUCCAUCUCAUGGAAAGCAUUGCUACUGGGUUCUCUGGCUUGCCCGCGCCGAACAAGCACAUUGCGAAACUGGAAACUCUGUGUCGCACACUUGUCAACAUCUGUCGACCACUCAUUGUUUGGCCACAGGCCGCUAUCACGUCCGUAAAUGUUCCUGGAUCUGAGGGGUGUCCGAGAGCGGACGGAGGAAGGCUGGAGAGAACUACUCCUAGCCGCGCCGUAAAUGACGACCAUGAUCAUUCGAGAAGCAUCCAGAAACCUGAACACGCCAGGCACAACAGUGGCCCAGUUCCAGGGACAGAUUCACCUGUAUCCUUAUACGGCGAGGAUUGGAAUCUUGGUGUUGAAGCUCCAACGGACCCCACAUUGUGGGACAACGAACUGAUAUGGCAGCUCUUUAAUUCAGAACCGUGUAUAGAUUGGUACAAUGCCUGUGAUUCUAUUGAAGAUUGGGACGCGGAUUCACAGCUGAGGUCUUAG